AUGGCAAGAAUAAUGAGAAGUAGCUGGCUAAGUCUCCUAGUACUAUAUCUAGUGUCAGCAAAUUUGAUGAACUCUUUGGAGGCUCAGCUUAUGUCACCAGGAUCUGCACCUGCACCUGAAGGUCCGGCACCAGCACCUGAAGGCCCGGCAUCAACACCUGCACCCGUAUCUCCAGCACCAUCACCUGAAGGUCCGGCACCAGCACCAACACCAAAAGCUCCAGCACCAACACCUAAAUCUCCAGCACCAGCACCAAAAGGUCCGGCACCAGCACCAACACCUAAAUCUCCAGCACCAGCACCAAAAGCUCCAGCACCAACACCUAAAUCUCCAGCACCAGCUCCUCCUGCUCACACUACACCAGCACCAGCACCUGCAAGUCCAGGGGGUGGAGGAGGCUCAUCUGGUCUGAGUGGUGGACAAAAGGCAGGAAUAGUAAUAGGAGUGCUGUUGGGAGCAGCUCUGAUAGGAUUUGGAGGGUUGGUUUAUAAAAAGCGCCAAAACAAUAUCAGAAGAAGCCAUUAUAGCAAUGCAGCACAGGACUUCAAUCUUUGA